AGUAUACAACCCGAUGCCAAACCCUCUGUUUCGGUUUCACUUCAUUUUCUUUCCGUCUUCUCUGCAUUUCCCCUGUCUUCUCCCUUCACUUUGGUAAACAGAGGAACCGGAAUUAACUGAAAGCUGAGAAGCAGUAGAUUGAACAAAGUAAAAAAGAGAGGAAAAGAUGCAUUCUUUCUGGUACAGAUUGAAUGGCCUUCUUACAUUUUCGGUGACAAUCCUGGCUAUAAUGUGUGCCAUCGCAUCUCUCUCGGACAACCUCAACACUCCUUCUCCCUCUGCAGAAAUUCAGGUUAUGAACAUAAAUUGGUUCCAGAAGCAGCCGCAGGGGAAUGAUGAGGUGAGCCUGACAAUGAAUAUAUCGGCUGAUUUGCAAUCAUUGUUUACAUGGAACACAAAACAGCUUUUCAUAUUUGUAGCAGCCGAGUACGAAACCCCAAAGAAUUCUUUGAAUCAGGUGUCCCUUUGGGAUGCUAUAAUACCUGCCAAAGAGCAUGCAAAGUUUUGGAUCCACACCUCAAACAAGUAUCGUUUUGUUGAUCAGGGAAACUAUCUCCGUGGCAAAGAAUUCAACUUGACAUUGCAUUGGCAUGUCAUGCCUAAGACCGGGAAGAUGUUUGCAGACAAAAUUGUCCUGACCGGCUAUAGUUUUCCGGAGGAAUAUAGAUGAGGUUUUCUUGACGUAUGUUUUGAGGUUACUCGAAGUUAAGCUGUCUCAGUGUGUGGGAUAUUAUAGCUCAGCUUAAUCAUAGAAGUUGAGAUUUAGUCUCCUUUAGAUUGGCACAUUAAACGUCAUUUGAACAAGAAAGUUUGAAACAUUGACACUUCAAUACUUUAUGUUUGAGAAAAUUUAGGAAAUGGGUAUUUCUCAACCUUUUUUUAACAUAUUUAGGCUUUUGGUUUGCCAAACUUUUGAAUUCAAAGCCCCGAAUCAAAUUAUUCUUUAACUUGAAGUAAGAAAGAAGGUUCCAAAGA